AUGAGAUACUUUGAGAAAAGCCAUACUUUCAGUUCUUACUACCAGGACUGGCAAGUCUUCUUUGCUGCCGGAGUUGGUUUGUGGUUCAUUCUUGUUGUCGGGGCUGUCAUGAUCUGGUGGAUGAAAUUCGACGGCUACGAGAAAAAAAUCAUCCAGCGAAAAGCAGAAAUCAAGCGAGAACUGCGAAGAAUAGAGCUUGAACACGAAGGGGUCAUUCCUCCACGAAGAUCUAGAACUUCCACGGUCCAUCGUCUCCCGAGCUCUUCUAGCGCUGGUCAUCCUGGAAGUACUUCUGGCGUCGUUACUCCACUUCUUUCCAAAAACGAAUAA